GCCAUCCCCGCGGUUUGCCCAUCUGUCUCCAUCUUCAUCAUCAAGCAAAAACUCAUCUUUCUCCACUCACUCUCUUUCAUCUACAGAGUUAAUAAUAAUCAUUAAGCGAAGAAGAACCCUAGAAAUAUUCAUCAGAGAAGUCGCAGCUGAAUCACUUUUUUGGGAAACCUAGAUUUGACGGGUAUCUUUCUUUCUUUUUUGGAUUUGGAUCAAUUCUCUUGAUUUUCUACCUUUUUAGAGCUUCUUGAUUCGUUUCCUUAUGACCCAAUUUUGCUUUCUGUACUUUGGUUGCAAAAAUCUUACUCGAUUUUGUUUCUAUGCCCAUUUGAGGAUCUUCGUUGAGGACGCGAUUCUAAGUGGUUUUACGUUAAUUCGAGUAGAUUUCUCAUCUGGGUACUAAAAGCUGUGGAGGAUCUAUAUUUGAAGAAGAGAACAAGGAUGCGCAGGUGGAUCUGUUGUGGGGAGAAAAGAGGAGAUUCAGAUUUAUCAAAUGAGGAGGUGCAUCUGAAAAGUCCAUGGCAGCAAUCUGACGCAAAUCAAAAGAAUCAAAAACCACAAGCUGUUGCAAAGCCUGAGGCGCAGAAGGAAGCCCUUCCCAUCGAAGUUCCUCCCUUGUCAGUAGAUGAGGUUAAAGAAAAGACUGAUAAUUUUGGAUCAAAGUCUCUGAUUGGUGAGGGAUCUUAUGGAAGGGUAUAUUAUGCAACACUAAAUGAUGGCAAAGCAGUUGCUUUGAAGAAACUCGAUGUUGCGCCUGAAGCUGAAACAAAUUCUGAGUUCUUGAGUCAGGUUUCCAUGGUUUCUAGACUGAAGCAUGAGAAUCUCAUUCAACUGGUUGGUUAUUGUGUUGAUGAAAACCUCCGUGUUCUUGCUUAUGAGUUUGCAACAAUGGGAUCACUGCACGACAUUCUCCAUGGUAGGAAGGGAGUUCAAGGUGCGCAGCCAGGUCCAACACUUGACUGGUUAACAAGGGUGAAGAUAGCAGUUGAGGCAGCUAGGGGUUUAGAAUACCUUCAUGAGAAGGUUCAGCCUCCUGUGAUACAUAGAGACAUAAGAUCUAGCAAUGUGCUCCUUUUUGAAGACUAUCAAGCAAAAGUUGCUGAUUUCAAUCUCUCAAAUCAAGCUCCUGAUAAUGCUGCUCGUCUUCACUCUACAAGAGUCUUAGGCACCUUUGGCUAUCACGCUCCAGAAUAUGCUAUGACCGGACAGUUGACGCAGAAGAGUGACGUGUAUAGCUUUGGGGUUGUUCUUCUAGAGCUUUUGACAGGGAGGAAACCUGUAGAUCAUACAAUGCCACGUGGCCAACAAAGUCUUGUAACCUGGGCUACACCAAGACUCAGUGAAGAUAAAGUGAAGCAGUGUGUUGAUCCAAAGCUAAAAGGAGAAUAUCCUCCUAAAUCAGUAGCAAAGCUAGCAGCGGUGGCAGCAUUGUGUGUACAAUACGAAUCUGAGUUCAGACCCAACAUGAGUAUUGUUGUAAAAGCUUUGCAGCCACUUCUCAAACCACCAGCACCAGCCCCAGUACCGGAAUCCUGAGUUUGUGCGCCUUUUAAAUACCACCGAUAUCUUCUUCGUGCAACAGAGUUGGGUUCUUUGUUCAUACCAGUGAGAAUUUUACUCUGAUUUGGGAAAAAACAUAGAUAUGAUCUUAUUAUUAGUUGGCAUUUUGAUUUUGGUGUGAAAGAAGAGUAGUGAGUGUUUCGCAUUUGUUAUGUGAUGUAUUGUGGAAAGAGGCUUUUUACUUGAUUGGUGUGGAGAACAAAGAUGUUUUGCAUUUGGUGUUCUUUCGUUUUUCCUUCUAUGUAAAGGAAUCAUUUGAAUAUUUUUGUCCGACUACAUUGACAAACUCUUUUAAGAGAUUUUGAUUCUACCAUUUAAGAA